AAAGGUGUCCAUAAACCUUCAUGAUAAACACCCACCAACUACACUAUCUUCAAAAUCUCUUAAUUAUUAAACUUUCUUCUCCAAAAUUCAUCCUUUUUUUUUUAUAUCACAAAUCUCAAGAAGAAUAAUAAUCCGAUGUGGCGGUUGGCGGCGGCGGUGAGAAGAAACCUCCACAACAUAAGGAAGAGCCCACGAGUGGCAGAUGAAAGCAUGUACGGCGGCGCCGGUGGAGGCGGAGUUGACGGCGGCGGAAGGGUGGCGGCGGUGGUCGACGGCGACCGGAGAGAAGGAAAUUCAUAUGGGUUUUCAAUGAUUUAUAGUCUUCUUCGAACCCCAUUUUCGAUUUUGUCUUGCUUUUCUCAACCACAUGUAAACGGCGUCGACGGGAUGUGGGUCUCCGGCGAGUUUCCAAGAAUCUCGGAAGUUAAUCAUCUUAUGGUAAGCGACAGCAUGAGAUAUGCAAUCUUAAUGUAAAUUAAUGGAUUUAUUCUGUAGUAAUUUCGAUUUGGAUCUGGUUUUCAAAGACACAAAUCGAAUGCUAUAGAAUUAUUAAUAAUUGUUAUAGAGCCAUUAUUAAUUGGGUCAAUAUACUUUGGAUUUGAAUUUUUCCUUUUUUUUUUCCCCUCUUUUGAGUUAGAAUAUUGUAUAACAAAUUGUGGAGGUGGAAAGGUUACUAUUGAGUUACGCUCGAAUUGACUGUUUGAAUUCGACUUGAGUGAUCAAAUUUAUAUAUAUAUAUAUAUAUGUUCUUGUAUAAAA